CAGCCCUCCAAAUGCCUUGUUGGUUACAAAAGUCGAAAUUGGCCAAGAGCGUGUACCAGUCAACAUCAGCUUGUGCUUGGCCCUUAUUAAUCAAGCAAAAGGCCGCCCAGGACCGUUGUCCUCCGCCGCGCACCCUUCAUGUUUCUAUGUCUACCGCCGCUUGUACACAUAGUCAUCGCCAGUCGCGCCCUAUGUCACUGAAUAUGUCAGCUAAGGAAGGCUCUCUCAUUACUUCUGUGGACAUGCGCCCCAACUCAGGGAACAAUCAAACAUCUUCGGCUGCACCUUUGGUCUCAGGCAGCGGCGCCGAUGUUGACGCUGACACACAACAGUCUCCCAAGGUUGCCGACGAACGUGAGCCUCAGGAUCACUAUGCGUAUAAUCGGGAUUACAGGUUUUGGUGCAUUAUCAUUGCCCUCUGCACUAUGCAGGUCUUGUGCUCGCUCGAGAACACCGUCGUGGUAACCUCCCUUCCCACCAUUGUCAGAGAGUUGGGCUUAGGAAGCAGCUACAUCUGGGUCACAAAUAUCUUCUUCCUGGCGACAUCUGUUGUGCAGCCACUUACUGGUCAACUCGCCGGCCUCUUCGGUCGCCGCCAUGUUGCACUCGCUGUCGUCGCCUUGUACACCCUCGGCAGUGGUCUCGCCGGUGGAGCCAACGGGUCGGCCAUGUUGAUUGCCGGUCGCGCUGUGCAGGGUGCUGGAAGUGGAGGUAUGACGGCCAUCAUGGGCAUUGUCAUAUCAGAUCUUGUGCCUCUUCGCAUGAGGAGUGCUUACCAGGCCAUUCUCGCCAUGACAUACGCCGUUGGUAUGGCGAUUGGACCCGUCGUUGGCGGCGCCAUCGUUCAAAGUACUACCUGGAGAUGGAUCUUUUACAUCAACCUCCCUGUUGGAGGGAUCUCUAUGUUCCUCCUGUGGUUGUUUCUGCGUGUCAAGUGGGACAGGGAAACAAGUACAUGGGAAAAGCUCAAACGUAUCGACGUCGCGGGCAACUGCCUCUUGGUCGCCUCCACAGUAUCGGUGCUCAUUGCGUUGACCUGGGCCGGUUCCACUUACCCGUGGUCAUCGUUCCGCAUCCUUGUGCCGCUGAUAAUUGGGCUCGUUGAUCUUGUUGGAUUCUUUUUCCUCGAGGGAUCUAAAAGGAUACCUGAACCGGUAAUGCCACUGCGUCUUUUCUCAAACCGUACUUCCGCGAUCAUAUAUGCGAAUACCUUCAUCGUCUCGAUCAUGAACUACUGGAUCUUCUUUUUUUUGCCUCUCUACUUCCAAGCGGUCCAAUUAUCGACGCCGGUCCGUUCAGGCGUACAGAUUCUCCCCAUAACACUGAUUGCCGUUCCCGGUGCUGCCGUCGGAGCGGUAGUUCUGGCCAAAUGGGGAAAGUACAAGCUUCUACACAUUGUUGGCUUUGCCUUGCUCGCGGCUGGGAUCGGCUCCUUUGCCGUGCUUGACAGGGAGUCGAGUACCGCAGAAUGGGUCUGUCUCCAGAUCCUUCCCUCUGUCGGCGCCGGCAUGAUCCUCGACACCCUGUUGCCGGCUUUUCAAGCGGGUGUGGAGGAGGUGGACUCUGCAGCCGCCGCGGCCAGCUGGUCCUUCGUGCGCAGCUUCGGGAAUAUUUGGGGUGUUGCCAUCCCUGGAGCGAUCCUCAGCAUCUACGGUGGCCAGUAUGCCGAUCAAUUGGUCGACGACACCACAGCGCGACAGUCGUUGCAGCAUGGUGACGCGUACUCAAGCGCGACGCGGGAUUUCGUUACAUCAUUCUCGGAGCCAACUCGCAGCCAGAUUAUUGAAGUGUUCACUAGAGCUCUCAGUAAAGUGUUUCUCGUUGGCAUUACAUUUCCUGCGCUGGCGUUCCUCUUGUCAUUUGUCGAACAGGAAGUUGGGCUGCGGACAGAAUUAGAGACAGAGUUUGGGCUUGAGGAUAAAGAGAAGAAAACACCUGCCACAAAAGUUUGAAGACUUUUAGCUUCGGUCAAUCGUGGGAGGGAGCUCGUGUAUUCACAUGCGACUUUACAUACCGAGGUCAACUUGGUGCUGAAAUGUAACACCAGAUUCUGAAUUGGAGAGAA